GCUCUAGCGUGUGGAUUGGGAUUAUCGAUUAAAUGAAAAGAAAUAUUCCCUGGCCUCUUCUUCCUCCUCACGACAACUUUCCCCUCUCCCACAAACUCUUCCCGUGGAUCUCACCGGCGGCGAAUCUUCGCAGCCCUUGGGAUACCACACUCCACCGCAGGUUCAUCUCCCCUUCGAUUCUCUCGCUCCCGACCGUUUCUCCUCCCAUCACCCCACGAACGGAUUCCGCCCUUUAGAUCCCCGUUUCAUAAUCUUCCCCAAUUCGUAACUGAGGCAAAAAUCAAGGUAGGGCGGCCGCCCUACCUUGCCCUACUGGGUCCUCCGCCCGUGGCCUUGUUUGGUGGUUUGGUAGAAGAACUGCAGAUUCGAUCUGAAGGGGCGUGAAGCAAAAGAGGAAGAGAAGAAAACAAAAACAAAAUAAAAAUUGGUGGGGAACUUGCGAGGAAGAUGAGUUCCGGGUCGGCGGUGACAGGCGGUGGCAGCGCCGGCGCGGAGGACGCGGCGGCGGCGGCAGCGCUGGGGCAGAAGCUGAUGGUGCACGUAGCGGAGAAUGGCCACAGCAUGGAGUUCGAGUGCAGAGGCGCCACGAAAGUCGAGGCAAUCCAGCGAUCCAUCGAGCUCGUCUGCGGCGUCCCGCGCGCUGACCAGCUCCUCCUCUGCGGCAAUAUCCCUCUCGACGGCGCUCACCACCUCUCCUACUACAAUCUUCCCCGCGACGACCGCGAGGUCUUCCUCUAUAACAAAGCCCGUUUCCAUGCCGACUCGCUGCCCCCGGCUCCAGAGUCUAUUGACAUCCCUGUGCCAUCUAUUCCGCCGCCGCCCCGACCACAGGACACCGCACUGGAGGUGUCUGCUGACCCGGCCUUGAAGGCACUGAUGUCUUAUGAAAUCAGGUUCAGGUAUGACUUCCAGGUGGCCAAUGCAUUGUACCAAUCUAGCGUGGCAAAGUAUGAGGUGUGCAGGAGGCUGCAGCGGGAGUGGCAGGUGCAGGAGCGUGCCCUAGACAUGGCCAGGAACAACCUUGAGCAUGCAUUUCGGAAGCCCUCGCAGCGAUAUUCAAACUUUGUGCAGUGCCUCUCGCAGCAGCACCGUGGGUACCUUGAGUUGCUGUCAACUUUCGAGAGAGAUGUGCAGAGGUUACGUGCUGUUAGGCUGCACCCAUCCUUGCAAUGUGAGGGGCGGCGGUGCUUGUUGGACCUUAUAGAUGAGAAUAAGCUGAGGAAGCUGGCGGAUGAGUAUUUGAGCUCAUACAAGCAUUUAGAGGUUUUUGUCUCGCCGCUGAAGGCAAAAUUUGUGGAGCUGAAGAAGGGAGUGGACAGCUUAUUGAAUGCUAUGAGCUCGAGCACAUGGAGGGAUUUGGAGGCACUGAUAAAGGAGCAUCAGAGAGUCAUCGGUGACCAGAAGAGCAUCAUGCAAGCGCUAAGUAAAGAUGUAGAUACCUCAAAGAAGCUUGUUGAUGACUGCUCAAGGUGCCAACUGUCUGCUUCUCUCCGACCUCAUGAUGCAGUUUCAGCAGUUGGUCGUAUCUAUGAAGUACAUGAAAAGGACAACUUGCCCAGUGUACGUAAGUUUGAUUGCAUGCUUACCAAGUUGCUUGAGAAAUGCAAAGCCAUGAAGAAUGAAAUGAAUGCUUUAGUACAUUCUUCUGUGAGAGGAGUCAAAUCUGCUCAAAGUGAUAUCAAGGAGAUGAUGUCUACUCGGUUCACCUUAUACGAGGAGGCAAUAGUUAAACAAGACAAAGAUUUUUCUUACCUUAAACUACUUGGUGGUUUGGGCCAUGCAUACAGGGCUUCUCUUGCUGAGGUAGUGCGAAGAAGGUAUUCUUUUAAGCUUUAUACCGGCUUGGCUGGACAGCUUGCUGAAAAACUAGCAGCAGAGCGUGAAGCGGAGAUAAGGAGACGAGAUGUUUUCCUUAGGACAUGGAAAAAGUACUUUCCAGUAGAAAUCAUGAGUUCCAUGGGACUGUUUGGUUCUCCUAGCCAAUGUGAAGUAAACAUUGCUCCGUUUGAUUGCGAUCUACUUCCAAUUGAUGUUGAUGAUUUGGAAAAGCUUGCCCCCCAGUCUUUACUGGGGUCUUUUCUGAAACCUGAAAGAUCGCAGCAGCAUACCGAUUCUAGUACCAGUGGAAAUUUCAGUAACUCUGAACAAAAUAAUCUGAAUACUGAUGGUAAGAUGGACUUCCAGGAUUUUUUGGAGGGCUGUGAUACUGUAGAUAUAACAGGGACUAGUAAAUUAGAAGUGGAGAAUGCCAGACUAAAAGCAGAACUUGCUUCUGCUAUUGCAGUUCUCUGCACAUUCGGUGCUGAAUACGCACAUGAAUCUAUUGACGAAGGGCAUAAUGAUAAUGUGCUGAAAAAUGCAAGAGAAAAAACAGCUCAGGCACUUUCUGCAAAGGAUGAGUAUGCUAAUCAACUUCAAUCAAUGUUCAAGGCAAAGCAGGAGCAGUGCUUGUCCUUUGAGAAGCGUAUCCAGGAGCUUGAGGAACAAUUAGCCAACCAGUACAUACAAGGGCAGAUGGUUUCAGGAAGCAAAGGCACAUCUGAUUCCCUCUCUACAUUUAAAGGUAAUGACUGCAACCUGGGUCUAUCUGGAGGCAGGCAAACCCAUUUGCGUGAGGAAUCAAGUGUGGCCAUGGAUGAGACAUCUUCAACAUCUGAACAGCCAUCUAAACAAACAGAAGGUGGAGAUGAGAAUAUGACUGAUAUUUCAGGUGUACUGAACUUGCAACUACUUAAUUCAGCAGGAUGCACUAAUCUGGAUGCUUUCAUGGCAGACUCGCCACACGAUAACGAACAUAAGAUUGUCAAUAUUGAUAAGGAAGGGCGAAUGUUGACUCAACUCACUAUGGCAGAUACUUCUGAUAUUCCUGUAGAAGAUGCUAGCAUCUUAAACUCCAGAACUGAUGAGCAUCAUGCUUUAGAGUUUAGGAAUGAGGAGCUCUUUGUGUCACAGUUACAAAAAUCAAAACAGUUAGAAGAGAUGGAAAGUAAGCUUAGUGCUGUUAUGGGUGAGGUUAGCAGUCUGAAGAAAGAACUUGAAAACACCCAGAGUCUUCUUGAUGAGUCUCAGAUUAAUUGUGCGCACCUGGAGAACUGCUUACACGAGGCAAGGGAAGAAGCUCGUACCAAUAAAUGUUCAGCUGAUAGAAGGGCUGUUGAGUAUGAUGCUUUGCGUUCAUCUGCUCUGAGGAUACACGGUCUGUUUGAAAGACUAAAUAACUGCGUCACUGCACCAGGGAUGUCUGGCUUUGCAGACUCGCUGCGUUCUUUAGCCCUCUCCUUAGCAAGCUUGGUAAAGAAGGAUGAAGCUGAAUCUACCAUUCAGUUUCAGCACUGUAUCAAGAUCCUGGCAGACAAAGUUUGUUUUCUGUCACGGCAGAGUUCCGAGCUGCUAGAGCGCUAUUCAAGGGUGGAAGCAGCACAUGGAAUUCUUGUAAGAGAGUUGGAGGAGAAGAAAGAACUCAUAAGCAAUCUUUAUAGUAAAGUUCAACUAGAAAAACAGGCCAGCAAGGAGAAAAUAUCUGUGGGUCGUUUUGAAGUUCAUGAGCUUGCAGUCUUCGUGCGAAACCCAUCUGGGCAUUACGAGGCCAUCAACCGGAGCGGCUCAAACUAUUACCUCUCUGAGGAAUCGGUGGCCCUGUUCACACCGGAGCACCAUCCACGGCACCCCACCUACAUAAUUGGCCAGAUCGUGCACAUGGAGCGGAGGGUAGCGAAGCCGCCCGUACGCGACCAGAUGGAAGAAGCUCCACCGCGCUUUGGCAGCGGCGGCAGCCGUCGGGCCAUGCCAAAGAGCAACCCAUACGGCCUGCCGACGGGUUGCGAGUACUUCGUGGUGACGGUGGCCAUGCUGCCUGACACUGCUCGUUGAAACGAAAUCAAAGACCUUCCUGAUCAUCCUGCCUGCUCAUGGCUGCUGAAAUGAAAUGAAGGGAGAAGAAAUUCUCAGCUGUGUAUAUAUCAUACCAUCAGAAUUUAUUCAUAGACUUCGCUUGGUCCUUUCUAUGCAUCUUUGUACAUAAUGGUCAGUCAGUUUCAGUUCCCUCUCUGUAAAUAUGAACAGACUCGGCCACUGAUGCUAUCUUGCAUCUUCUUUCAAGCAGACUGAAUAAUGAUUUUUCAGUUAGCGUUU